CUGCUGAAAGGGCUUAUUUCUGGCUCUUCGAAAUAGCCUACUUUACCAUCCUCCUUAUCUUAUCCCUCCUUUCCACCUCUGCAGUUGUUUACACAGUUGCAUGCAUCUUCACAGCCAAAGAAAUCACCUUCAAGAAGGUCAUGAAUGUUGUUCCAAAGUUUGGCAAUUGGCAAGUGUGGUAUCGGUUUUAGAAGCUAUUAGGGGAAUUCAAGCUAUGAAGAAGAGCAAGACUUUGAUAAAGGGUAAGAUGGGAGUUGCAGUUGCUUUCUUUAUCCUGCUUUAUACUUGUUUUGUUGGAAUUGAUUUGGUAUUUGGGUAUAUUGUUGUGGGGGAGAAUGUACCGGACAUAGCAAUCAGAAUUGUAGUUGGAAUUCUUUCCUUCUUAUUCCUAUUCAAGCUCAUUCUCAUUGCUCUUGUUGUCCAAACGGUUGUCUACUUUGUCUGCAAAUCAUAUCAUCAUCAAACCAUCGACAAGUCUGCUCUAGCGGAUCAUCUUGAGGCCGUUUAUCUUGGGGACUAUGUGCCUCUAAGGAAGGAUGUCCAAUUAAGUGACACGCAUGCCUAGCUAAACUACUAGUGAAAAACAAAAACAAAAACAGUAGUCUUUUUGUUUAUUUCUAGCGGAUCAUCUGGAGUUUUAUUAUCUUGGCUAGUUUGUAUGUACCUCUAAAGGUCAAGGCUAUCGAACUAGGGGAGUUUCAUGUCUAGCUUAACUUGUAAUGGUGAAAAACAAUCUUGCUUAUGUUGUACUAAUAUAUUUAUAUAUACAUGAUAAUGAAUUAUCUUAUUAAUGCAGUGUUCCUUGUAAUGGGUUCAAUAAAUUAUCUUUCUGUUA